AUGGCGAUGUCCUCGGCUGGCUCAAGAGCUUUAGUUGAUUUGUACAGUCUGUCAAAGACGAAAACGUUUACAGAUCUUAGUAAUAUGGCCAGCCAACUAAAGAAUGUUUAUCCGCCCUUGAAAGUGAAUACAAUUGUUACUUGGACAUUCCCUUCAUUUCGAGCAGACAGAGUAUCGGAUGGUUUGCUUCCCGAUUACUACAAACAACAGGACAUGAAACCAAUUCAAACCAAAGCGGAUGGCAAUUGUCUGUUCAAUGCUGUAAGUUUAGCGUUGUCGGGUUCCGACAAGCUAAGUGCCGAACUAGCUUCGUGUGCGCACCGUCAUUGAACUUGCAACGAAUUUAGAAUUUUACAAAAAUCAUCCAAAUGUAGCCAAGAGCUGUAUUAAAAGAAGAAAUGAGGAAUUAUGGGCCGUUUCUUCCUUAUAUUAUGCAGUAAUAUUUGGAGCAGUCGCAGCGAACGUUUACGAAACAAUCGACUUCAAUGCUGCCAUACAGCAAGAGAUUAAAACAACAGCAUUCCAUGGAUCCUUCUCUGGUUUACUUCAAGUAAUGGGUCUUGCAUCUGUCGACGUCAUAAAAUCUGAAAUUCAUAUGAUAUACCCACACACAAGACAUGAAAUGUUGAGCCUCUUAAAUGGUAUAUACUUGCCAAGAGAAUCCUCUGAAUAUGAAGUACGUCCAGUCAUAGCAAUAAUGUGGACAAAUUUGUCAGGUUGGCCUGAUCGUUCAAAAAUUUUGAAUAUAAACCAUUUUGUCCCAAUUCUUAAGAUUUCAACAGGUACUUCUGAUAACAACGCAGAAUCAACGGACUGGUCCUUGGUAAAUAAUAAAAGAAGUCGUGGUACACUGAACAACGGCACUAUUUAUAAAGGUGAGCCUACUUCCAUUCACUCGAACAGACGACCAAAUAAAGAAAAGCGUCAGCGGCCCAAUACUUUACCAAGGCCAAAAAAACGCAAGCAGCCUGUGGAAGAUCAGAAUAACGCUAAAGCCGCCAGAAAGAAAUGUCAGCAACAAAUUCCAAUUCUCAGCCAAGACUGGUUUGAAAGGAAAACAAGACGCCUACUCAGGCAUUCACUCCGCCUGCAGGCUUGCAAAGAAAAUGGGGACAAUGUAGGGUGCGACGGAAAAGUCAAGCCAAAUAUAAGCAUUCAAAGACAAGUUGGUGUUCAUAGCAUUCAAAGAUAA